UUGUUAUUGUCGCUUUUUAAAAAACCUUUAUUUUUUGGAAACUUCCCCGUGGCUGAAGAGAAAGUGGAACAAAAGUGAUUUGAAGUCGGAACAUGGAACUACAAGGCCUGCAAGAGGCGUUGAAAGUGGAAAUCCAAUGUCAUCAGAAGUUGGCAGUGCGUGGUUGUCCGGUAGGGGCGGUGGCGAAGCCCCUGUCCCUCAUCAAGCCCAGUGGCGGCCAGAGCAUCGCCAUCUCCGUGGUGCCCGCCAACGCCAAGGCUCCCGUCUCCAUGGUAACGGCCGCCACACACAUCAACCUCAACGGCCAGAAGGGGGCGGAGACCCAGCAGCCGUCGUCGCUCAACGCGCAGGCCACGCCCAUCAACCUGCAGACAGGGGGGAGGAGCAUGCACCCCUACAGCCGACACUCACAGGUUAGGCCAAAGACCCUGAUCCCCGACAGCCUCCCCUCUCCCCUGCAGCCUCUCAGCCUGACGCGGGGCGGUGCCGCCACCCUGGUGCUCAGUCCCCAGAGCCAGCUCCACAGCCAGGGCCACAGCCACAGCCAGAACCAGUACCAGAUCCAGAGCCAGGGUCCAUCCCUGCCCACCGCCAACAGUACCUUCAGCCCAGAGCGCCUGCACCCCAACGGGCAACCGCCUCAGCCGGCAGACCGGUCGCCCACACACGCGUCCAACCUGAACCAGGCCGCGGUGGUCAACGCUAGUGCCACGCUCACUGUCACCGCCACCGCCACCACCCCCAACGUGCCCCCUUCCAACGCCAGUGCCACAGUUACUACGCCCAUGCCAGUCACGGCCACAGCCACGCCCAUCGCCACGGUGACAGGAACCGGCGUGGUGACGCCGGGGGCCAGCCCAGGCGUGGCCUACGCCAUCAUCUCCACGCCAACCGUCGCCGCUGGUAACGGGGUGGCCACGGCCAUCAGUGAGGCGGUGAAGGUGCAGCCGCUGCUCUUCAGCACUGAUAACAAGGUGAUCAUCAUCCAGCCCCAGGUCCACAGCAGCUCGCAGGACUCGCCGGCACCUCAGACCGACAGCCAAUCACGCGACUCGGGCUCAUCGGCGCCACCCUCCCCAGCCAAGCAGAUCAAGGAAGACAAGGACGUGGAUCCAGAGAAAAUUGCCUUCAUGGUCGCCCUUGGCCUGGUCACCACAGAGCACAUGGAAGAGAUCCAGAUCAAGAGGCAGGAGAGGAAGAGGAGAAGCACAGCCAACCCAACCUACAGUGGCCUCUUCGAACCAGAGCGCAAGCGCCUUGCAUCAAAUUACCUGAGCAAUCCACUCUUCCUAUCAACAAGAGACCCAGAGGACCUGUGCUGGAAGGAGGAGCUGGAGCAUGAUGAGCAGUGUGCGGUGUGUAGGGAGGAGGGAGACCUGCAGCUGUGCAGCACGUGCCCCCGUGCAUACCACCCCGACUGCCUGCACCCACCGCUGAGGACGCCCCCUAAGGGACUCUGGAUGUGCCCCAAGUGCCAGAAGAAGGUGCUGAAUAAAGAGAACAUGGCUUGGCCUCACAACUUUGUUCAGUCGUACGUCACACACAAAUCAAUGAAAGAGGAUGAGAAGAGGAAGUUGCUGCGUCGCAGCUGUGAGCUGAAGAAGGAGUGUACUCAUCUCCAGGAGCAGGACCAGAGGCUCAGCUCCAACCUGCUGAAAUGCAUGGACCUCAAGGACCGGUUGCUGGGCCAGCAGCGCGAGACUCAGGCCUCCCUGGAGAGACUCAAGGCCCUGAUACGCCUCAUCCAGAGAGACCAGGUCAUCCAGGUCACCAUGACGGCCACCACCAAUGCCGGAGCCUCCCUGCUCUCCCUGCCCUGGAUCAAGCCUGCAAACAGCAGCAGCAGCAGCAGCACUGGUGCCAGCAGCACCAAUGGAGCCAGCAGCACCCAUGGAGCCAGCAGCGCCCCCUCAGUCAUCACAGUGCCAUCUAUGGGGCCGGGUGUGUUACUGCAGAAGAACCUGUCUCAGCCGCAGCCUCAGGGCAACUGACCAUGUGUGGUGGUGUUGGAGGACACUGAGUAAUGAAGUUCAUUUGGAGUGGAGAUGACAUGCUAUAACAAACAAAACAACCAACACGCAAGGCGAUGAGAGUAAAAGAGCAAAAUGUGUUUCUUCAAAAAAAAGGGACUUGUAUACUUCAUACACACCACUCCAGACAUACAGUACAUACAUGUAAGGAAAACAUUCUUGAC